AUGGGUGCUCAGCAAUCAUCUGGCCGAGACCAGAGUGAGAACUCCUCCCAACCGGUCAAGACAUGUUACUAUGAACUCCUCGGAGUUGGGCGUGAUGCUUCUGACGACGAAAUCAAGAAAUCUUACAGAAAACGCGCCCUUGAGCUUCACCCAGAUCGAAAUCUGAACGAUGUUCAGAAUGCGACCCGGCGCUUCGCCGAGGUCCAGGCGGCAUAUGAAGUUCUUGCCGACCCCCAAGAGAGAGCAUGGUACGACUCUCACCGCGAGGCCAUCCUGCGCGGAGCCGAUCCCGACGACUCAGGCAUCAAUAAUCCAGAGUACAACGAUGUGAAGUUCACAUCCACCGAGGACAUAUUCUCCCUCAUCCGCCGCUUCGAUUCCACCGUCCCCUUCACGGACGGUUCUUCAGGUUUCUUCGGCAUUGCCAAGGCAACAUUCGACCAUCUUGUCGACGAAGAAAUCGUCGCUGGCGAGUAUGCGAUGGAAGACACUCCAAAUUAUCCUACUUUUGGCUCCUCAUUCGAUAGCUAUGAUCAUACGGCCAGGCCCUUCUACAGCUCCUGGGCGAGCUUCUCGACUCGCAAGUCCUUUGCGUGGAAGGAUAAAUACCGGCUCGCGGAUGCCCCUGAUCGUCGUAUAAGGCGUGCCAUGGAGAAGGAGAAUAAGAAAAUGCGUGACGAAGCCAUACGUGAAUUCAAUGACGCAGUCAGAUUUCUCGUCACCUUUGUACGAAAACGCGAUCCUCGUUACCUUCCAAACACACAGACAGCUGCCGAGCGCCAGGAAUCUUUGCGCUCCGCCGCUGCCGCUCAAGCCGCACGCUCGCGCGCCGCCAACAAAGAGAAGCUGGUCGAAGCAUUCGUUUCCGACUGGGCCCAAGCACGAGACGACGGUGAUGCGUCCGGCCGCUUUACAAGUAGCGAGGAGGAAGAGUCAGAAGUGGAGGAGAUCGAAUGCGUUGUAUGCAACAAGACCUUCAAGAGCGAGAAAUCAUUUGAAGCACAUGAGAGAAGCAAGAAACACGUCAAGGCAGUGCAAAACUUGAGGCGUCAAAUGAAGAAUGAGGAUGUGAAUUUGGAUCUACGUGGCGCUUCUGCCGCUCCCGAAAAGGCCUCGCCGAGAGACGAGUCCGAAGAAGAAAUUAGCCUUCAUGGGCCAGUUGAUACUGACGCUGUCAGGGGCCAGGAUGACAUACCGGCAGAAUCGGCCCCUCAGAACGAUGAGGUAGAGCUCACUGAUACAUCGUCAGACCUUGCCGAAGACGACGAAUAUGCUUCUCGCGCCGACGUUGAGCAGAGGCUAUUCGCUGAAGAGACUACCCUCGCCGGUGCGAACCAAGGUGAUGAUAUGGAAACUACUGCUGGCACAGUAUCAGCAAACCUCGAAACUUUAUCACUAGACGGGGGCAUUAAUCACGAAGAUGGGCCGCAGCUUAAGAAGAUGGGAAAAGCCAAGGCGAAGCGUGAAAAAAGAGCAGCACGUCAAGCAGCGGAGGAUGCCGAAGCUAGCACGCACAAUUGCAGUGUUUGCAAUGCAUCGUUUCCCUCCAAAACGCAGCUAUUCAGUCAUAUCCGCGAUCUCAAUCACGCAGCACCAAUUGAAAAAGCCUCAGGAGGCGCCAAGAAGAAGAGACGCUAA